UCGAUAUCCCUGCGACAGUACUCACACGUAUCCAUCAUCAUGAAUCGCCUUCAGGCAAAAGAUGCGUAACAAGUUUGCAUUGUCUUUGGUUGUGUACUCUCUAUUAUGCCAUGGUAAUUGCUGUUGUGUAAAGGGUGGAAUGUGGAAGUCAAGAGUCCGAACCUCGAAACAGUAUCAAGUUAUGAUGCACCCGUCCAACUUCUAUGAUCGGGCUUAUGGAUUCGGGCUGUGACUGGCCGUAUUAAAUAGCGUACAGGUGAAGGUUAGCACAUCAGGAAAUCAUCAUCUUCACCAUGUCAGCUGUGAGUAUAGGUUAUCAGACGGCGCAGUAUUUCACAGUUGGAGCGAUGGCAGUAGUGGUCUUCGACUACUGCCUGACGAUUUCACAAGAGGUCCAGUUGAUCUGGGGAAAGAAGUGGGACGCCAUGAGAAUUACGUUUACCCUCGCUCGUUAUGCCACCCUGGCGGGUACCGCCAUGACCACAUAUGCUGCGGUGACCGACCGGUCUAAGGACAAAAGCUGUGUAACUUUCGGCAAUGUCUCAUACGCUUCACAUCUUAUAAGUAUCAUCGCUGCAGAAGGCCUGCUUAUUUUUCGCACAUUUGCCUUUUGGCAUCAGAACAAGAAGUUGCUGGUGUGGCUUCUCGUUCUUGCUGCGUUUUCCAUUCUAGGGGCUGUUGGGGUGUCAAAAAUCGUGGGCUCCCAUCUCGCUAACCCUCCAAGCUGCGAGUUCAGAACUGGGAAGAGUAGCGCCAUACAGUAUAUUUUUUUGAUCAUUUAUGAGCUAGUGCUCAUGAUCCUUACGUUAUACAAGAGAUUCAGCUUCUACAAAGGUACUCGAAGUCGCCUCGUCAUCACCCUUUAUCGCGAUGGAAUAAUAUACAUGACCUGCAUUAUAGUGGCAUCCAUCGCAAAUAUUUUUGUCGCCCUAGCCGCUCCUGUGAGUUCUUAUGCAUCUGGACAGAACUUACUAAAAUGUUCAACCUACAGAGCGAUUACACUAACAUCAUGGAUGCGUCAGUGAAUUCCUUCAUCUCACAGGUUUUUCUGCUAACUUCUCUCAGACCACAACUCGUGGUACACGGGGUGCUAGCCUCCCGUAUCUUAUUCAAUCUACGGCAAAGCCGUCAAUCUGAUUCUGUGAUGAUUGAUGGA